GCCACGAACGGGGCACUCGUUUUCCUUUUCAAUAACCAAGAUGUCUAAAAGAGGACGUGGUGGAUCGGCUGGAGCCAAGUUCAGGAUAUCCUUGGGUCUACCAGUCGGUGCAGUUAUCAAUUGCGCCGAUAACACUGGUGCCAAGAACCUGUAUGUCAUCGCAGUGCAAGGAAUUAAGGGCCGGUUGAACCGCCUGCCAGCAGCGGGAUCUGGCGAUAUGAUUGUUGCCACCGUGAAGAAGGGAAAGCCUGAACUUAGGAAAAAGGUGAUGCCCGCGGUGGUCAUACGGCAACGGAAACCAUUUCGAAGGAAGGAUGGGACGUUUAUAUAUUUCGAGGACAAUGCUGGUGUGAUUGUUAACAACAAGGGUGAAAUGAAAGGAUCAGCUAUUACGGGACCUGUUGCGAAGGAAUGCGCAGAUUUGUGGCCAAGAAUUGCAUCUAAUGCCAGCAGUAUCGCGUAAUUCAUAUCCUGUAUAAAUUACUGUCCUUUACAAUAAAUCCAAAAAUAAGUAGUA